AACAUGAAUGGCAUGCAUUAUAUAUAGCCCUGAAACGUAACCCUCAAGAUCAGAUCAAGUCUAUUUUCUGCAAAGAGAUUCCAACCUUUUCAAACAAUUAUAUAACCAGUUCAAGAUUCUAGGAGGGAUUCUCGUCGAUUGAAUGGCUAAGAUGCAGAUUCCUGAUCGAUGGCUACCAAAAGUGAGAUUUCCCCAAGGAUUUCGAUUCAUUCCAACAGAUGAACAGCUCGUUACCUAUUUCCUCACUAAGAAACAAGCCUCAGAGCACCUUCCAAUUGAUUAUAUCAUAGAUGACAAUCUAUAUAGUUAUGAUCCAUGGGUUCUUCCUGAUAGAGAUCUUUUUGAAGAGAAUGAGUGGUACUUCUAUUCAACCUCAACAAGUGAUAAGAAGCCCAACGAGUGUGAUACAACCACAGGAUGCUGGAGGGCAAUUGAAACUGAUCAACCCAUCCAUGACAGCAAUGGAAAUUUGGUUGGCACAAAGAACACACUGGUCCAUUUUCUCAGAGAUCCCAAUGAAACAAUGACCGAUUGGUGUUUGGAUGAGCACUUUCUAAUAGGACAGCAUGAGGGUCACAAGCAAACAUGUGAACACCACCAAAACAAUGAGGAAAAAACUGACACAGUGUGGGUGAUAUGCAAAAUCUACAAGGACGAGGACGAGGACGAAAACGAUGGCGAUUAAAGCCAGAGAGUAUCAGACUUCCCAUCACUGCAUUUGAUUGGAGCUUGAAGGAAUUUGAAUAUAGGAAAUUGAUUUUUUAAUCAGAUUAGAGGAAUAGAUAUCAUCAUAAAGCAUAUAUUGAC